GCGGCGGCCGAUCGAUCGAUCUCAGUCAGAAGAUGCGGCGGCCGUGGUGGCUGGUGCUGCUGCUGUGCGGGGCCGUGGCCGCGGGGCCCGAGCGGCCCAGGUCCUUCUACCAGCCCACCAAGAACCCGUCGCUCUUCAACAUCGGCGGCGUCCUCAGCGGCAACGACAGCGCCUCGCACUUUGACAAGAUCAUCGCCCACUUGAACUUCAACAACGAGUACGUGCAGCGCGGCAACACGUACAGGGCCGAGGCGAUCCAAAUGGACGCGAACCCGAUCCGGACGGCGCUGAACGUGUGCAAAAACCUGAUCUCGAAAAGGGUGUACGCCGUGAUCGUGUCGCACCCGCAGACGGGCGACCUUUCGCCGGCCGCCGUUUCCUACACCAGCGGUUUCUACCACAUCCCCGUCAUCGGCAUCUCGAGCCGCGACUCGGCCUUUUCCGACAAAAACAUCCACGUGUCGUUUCUGCGCACGGUGCCGCCGUACUCGCACCAGGCCGACGUGUGGGUCGAGCUGCUCAAGCACUUGUCCUACCUCAGGGUCAUUUUCAUCCACAGCUCGGACACGGACGGCCGCGCCCUCCUCGGCAGGUUCCAGACGGCCUCGCAGUCCUCCGAGGACGACGUCGAAGUUCGCGUCAAUGUUGAGUUAGUGAUUGAGUUUGAGCCAGGCUUGGACAGCUUUGCAGAGCAGCUGCACGAACUCAAGGGCGCCCAGGCCAGGGUCUACCUCCUCUACGCAGGGAAGGAGGACGCGGAGGUGAUUUUCAGAGAGGCCGCCGCGCUCAACAUGACGGAAACGGGCCAUGUGUGGAUUUUGACCGAACAGGCUUUGCAGGCGAAGAACGUGCCCGAGGGGGCGCUCGCCCUCAGCCUCAUCAACGCCACCCACGAGUUUGACCACAUCAAGGACAGCAUUUACGUUUUGGCGUCGGCGAUCAGAGAAAUGAACCGGACGGUGAACAUCACCGAGGCGCCGGCAAACUGCGACGACUCGGCCACAAUUUGGGAGACGGGCAAAACUUUGUUUGAGUACAUCAAGAAGCAGGUGUUGUUCAAGGGGGCGACCGGAAAGGUGGCGUUCGACGACAACGGCGACCGAAUGUUUGCCGAGUUCGAAAUCAUCAACGUGCAGGAGGAUCAGAGACUGGUCUCCGUCGGACGCUACUUUUUCCACCAGGAUUUGGACCGGAUGUCGUUGAGGUUGAGCGAAAAGAAGGUCAUGUGGCCUGGACGCCAACGGAAGAAGCCCGAGGGAUUCAUUCUUCCCACUCACCUCAAGGUGCUGACCAUUGAGGAAAAGCCAUUUGUCUACGUCCGAGAAUUGACUGGAGCAAGUUUGGACGCGCUCGAGUGUUUGCCAGACGAGGUUCGCUGCCCACUUUUCAACACCACGUCAGAACACGAGACGGAAAAGGUCUACUGCUGCAAAGGGUACUGCAUCGACCUUCUGAUGCAACUUUCCACGACCAUCAACUUCACGUUCAACCUGGCGCUGUCUCCAGACGGCCAGUUUGGCUCGCACAUCAUCAAAAACACCUCGGGUGGAGGGAAGAAGGAGUGGACGGGCCUGAUAGGGGAGCUGGUGUACGACCGCGCGGACAUGAUCGUGGCGCCGCUGACCAUCAACCCUGAGCGCGCCGAGUUCAUCGAGUUCAGCAAACCGUUCAAGUACCAGGGCAUCACGAUCCUGGAGAAGAAGCCGUCGCGCAGCUCGACCCUGGUGUCCUUCCUGCAGCCGUUCAGCAACACCCUGUGGAUCCUGGUGAUGGUGUCGGUGCACGUGGUGGCGCUGGUGCUGUACCUGCUGGACCGCUUCUCGCCGUUCGGCCGCUUCAAGCUGGCCAACUCGGACGGCACCGAGGAGGACGCGCUCAACCUCAGCAGCGCCAUCUGGUUCGCGUGGGGCGUCCUCCUCAACAGCGGCAUCGGCGAGGGCACCCCGCGCAGCUUCUCCGCCAGGGUGCUCGGCAUGGUCUGGGCCGGCUUCGCCAUGAUCAUCGUCGCCUCCUACACCGCCAACCUCGCCGCCUUCCUCGUGCUCGAGCGCCCCAAGACCAAACUCACCGGCAUCAACGACGCCAGGUUGAGAAACACAAUGGAGAACCUGACCUGCGCCACCGUCAAGGGCUCAGCUGUGGACAUGUACUUCCGCAGACAGGUCGAACUGUCCAACAUGUACCGCUCCAUGGAGGCAAACAACUAUGACACCGCCGAACAGGCCAUUCAAGAUGUCAAAAACAGGAAGCUGAUGGCUUUCAUCUGGGACAGUUCUCGUCUUGAGUUCGAAGCGGCUCAGGACUGCGAAUUGGUGACCGCGGGUGAACUUUUCGGACGCUCAGGAUACGGCAUCGGUUUGCAGAAAGGUUCUCCGUGGGCGGACGCCGUCACCCUGGCCAUCCUCGACUUCCACGAAAGCGGGUUCAUGGAGUCGUUGGACAGCAAGUGGAUUUUCCUGGGCAACACGCAGCACUGCGAGGGCGACGAGAAAACGCCCAACACCCUCGGCCUCAAGAACAUGGCCGGCGUGUUCAUCCUGGUGGGCGCAGGCAUCGUGGGCGGCGUCGCCCUCAUCGUCAUCGAGAUGGCCUACAAGAAGCACCAGAUCCGCAAGCAGAAGCGGAUGGAGCUGGCGCGCCACGCCGCCGACAAGUGGCGCGGCGUGAUCGAGAAGCGGAAGACGCUGCGAGCGACGGCCGAACGACGCAAGGGCGGUCCGAACGGCGUCGAGCGCUUGUCCGUCGAGGGCCUGCAGUACCUGGCCGCCGGCGGCUCCGGCUGGCCGUCGCCCCUCUCCUCGCCCCUGCGCCUCCGCGGCCACCGAAACAGCAGCACCGCCGACGACGACGUCACCAUCGACCCCGAGAGCUCCGUGCCCUACUGAGCCCCUAUACCCUUUGGCCUACAAAGUUUUUAAAUAUCACUGUUUUCUCUUUUGUGGUGUAAAAAAUGAAAUUUAAGGAAAUAAAUUAAAAUUUUAACCCUCAUUGACGUCCUUCGAGUAAGGUUGAUGGUAAAAGAAGUUUAAUCAAUAUAGCUGUUGAUGGAUGUAAAAAAAUUUAAAUUUAAAAUGGAAUGAAAUAUAUUAAACUAAAGACCUUUUAAGGCAGAUUCUAUGUUCUGGAAAAUAAUACAAUAUAAAUUUUUUUUGUGCAAAUUGUAGAUUUGGAAGAAAUAAAACCUAUGUAUUCAUGUUGAA